AACAAAUUAUGUACAUCAUGCACAGCUUUUGUCAUACAGCCAAAAGCAUAUAUGUACAUGAAGCUGCUAAGCUUGAAGAUAGUUUGAGUAGAAAAACGUGAAUCGGCGGAUCUAUAUUAGUUUUUCAUCUCUAGGAACCAAUGGUCCCCCUGUCUUAAAAAGCUAAAUUUAGCCCGAAACUAAAUAACGCCGCAAAUGUGUAAACGGGACCUUGGCCGAGCACCCCUAACUAACACGAUAAGCGGAAGAAAGGAGCAAAUCAGCAGACACCGAUGACACUGUCUAUCGCUAAUCGCCUAUCGCUGCUUCUUGGGGAAACAACAAAAGAGAACAGAGAGCGAAAAAUCGCGUAGUAGCAACUUAAUUAACAAAAUUCGUGGUGAAUGCGCUAGCAUAACAUGGACGAUGUCCCGGUCAAGAUAGUCGAGCGUUACAAACCCCCGCCGGCCAUUUUUCACCUCCCGCAGUCGACCCUUAAUCGACUGUCGCAGUUCAGAAAGGAUUUCUACGUUGAUCAUCCGGAUUACCAGUAUGAAGGUCAGCUGGAGCGGGCUGUGGUGAGUCAGGCGCAUCGAUGGCGGCAACUGCGUCGCCAGCAACUUGAGGAGCGCACGAGUCGCCAGGAGCGCCGCAAGGAGGCCGGGCAACGUGCGUGGGAGGCCAAACAGAGAGAAAUGCUCGGAGCAGUCGACUACCCCAGUACGGACGACCUGUCGUCGGAUACGGAGGAGGAGAAGGAGCAGCCACCUCCGACCACAGAGACCCGCCACUGCUCGCAUGACCCAAAGUCAAUUGGCGUGUGCAAUUUCCACAACAUCUUGCAACCCACAAUAUUAAGCACCACGCCGGUGGCCAGUCCUCAGACGCUGCACAAGCGAAACAGCAGCUUAAACUACGCAGACUUCGAGUACAACAUGAACUCCACGCCCUUCGACAACAUCGAGCUAAAGACCAUCAACGAUCUGGACAUACUCGCUCAAGUGUUGCACCAGACCCAACUCGAGGAGCGCAAGGAUCAGCAGCAGCAAGAAAAUCUCCCCAAGGAGGAGCAGCCGCUUCAAGAUGUGCCAGUUCCUGUGGAGCUAACGAUGACUACGCUGGCGGAGACCAAAGCGACGCUUGACAGCGUCAAUUUCCAUGUUCACUGUGAUGAUGAAGGCAGGUGCGAGCCAAGCCACAUUCCAGCCACGCCUUUACACCUGACGCCCAUGUACAGCGCUUCCGCCCAGCAGCAGCUGAAUAAACCGGAUCACUUCCAGGUAUACCAUAUGCAGGGGUAUAGCCAUCAGCCUUUCUACUCCCCCCAGCAGCAAAAUAAUACCACAGACAACUUCUACGUCAAUGGAUUCGGCACGUCCAACCAUUUGAUGGCGCCUCCAGCGCCUUCCGCCGUGCUGGCUCUUAGUCAAGCGGAGGACGAGGUGACCACCAAGUCGCGCAGUGUGCCCGACAUCCUGCGGGAGCUUAAGGCAGAGUUGCAAAGGGCGGAGAAACGACGCACGCGCCUGCACAGUCAUAACGAAGAGCAGCAUCCAAAAAUUGAGGUGGCUGUGGGCAGGAACUCCUACAGGGAGCUGGCAGGUCCUGCACAGACGACGGCGGUACGAAUCAGCACCAUGGGUUUUCCCCUGGAGCGGGUGGCCAAGGUAGUUAGCCUCUGCGGAAUUGAUGAUAAAAAGAUUAUCGAACACCUCAUCCCACUCGGCGAGCUUAUAGACUUGGGCUUUGACGAAUCGAAAAUCUCAGCGGCGCUUCUUAGGUUCAACAAUAACAAGGACAAGGCGCUGGACUACCUAAUCAACUAGUUAUAUACAGGGCAAAUCUUUUAUACAGCCAGCUUUUACCCAACGCCCGCAUCCUUCGCCCGAUUAGCUUACCAAGAUGCUCCUUAAAAUGUAUUUUUAAUUAUAACAAGUUCUCGUGAGAUAUUCCUUACUUAAGUUGGGAGCUUAAUGCUUCAGAAUCCUCAGCAGCAGAAUAAAUAUAAGUCCGUAAAGUUA